UGUUAUGUAGUUGUACUCAAACAUUUGAGUGAGAAAACUUAUAGUAUAUUAGCAAAUUAUCGAAUUUUUAAAAUAGUUACUUAUAAUUGUGAACGAAUCUAUAACGAUGCCGCGUGAUUUCAGUUUUUAUUCGUUUGAUGUUACAUUAACAUUAGUUAUUUUAGUGGUAUUAUUAUUGUAUUACUUAAGUACUUUGACUUUUAGUUAUUGGCAUAAAAAGAAUGUGCCGCAUUUUCGUCCUGUUCCUUUAUUUGGGAAUUUCAUAGAAUUUGCUCUUGGAUUAAAAAUGACUGUUGAAAUACUUGAAAAAAAUUAUAGACAUCCCAGUGAUAAAAAAUACGUUGGUAUAUAUCAGAUGAUGACACCAGUUUUGCUUAUACGAGAUCCUGAGCUUAUAAAUAAUAUUUUAGUAAAGGAUUUUUCACAUUUUACUGACCGAGGGAUGCCUCUUGGCAUCGGUGAGCCACUUUUUAAUCAUUUACUUUUUAUGAAAGGACAACAAUGGAAAAUAAUGAGAGCUAAAAUUUCUCCAAUAUUUACUUCUCGUUUACUGAAAAAUAUGUAUGAACAAAUAGGAAAAUGCAGUAGUAAAUUACUUGAUAAAAUUGAAAAUAACUUAAAAAAUGAUGAUGUUAUUGAAGUUCGCAAUAUGAUGGGAAACUACUCAACAGAUGUUAUUGGAACAUGUGCUUUUGGAUUGGAACUCAAUUCAAUUACUGAUGAUGAUUCACCUUUCCGAAAAGCCGGCAAAGAAAUGUUAACUCCAACAUUGUCGACUAUGACCAGUCAAUUAGUACAAUUGAUAUAUCCUCCUUUAAAAAAAAUUUUAAACGUUAAAGACAUGCCAGAAAAUGCAGGUAAAUUUUUCACAUCUGCGUUCAAUGAUACUCUGAAAUAUAGAAAAGAAAAUAGUAUUUUGAGAAACGAUCUUGUCCAAUGUUUAAUAGAAGCUAACACAGAUCUUGUUUUAAAGAAAACUGAACCCUUAGUUGAAUUUAAGUACUCAGACAUAGUUGCAAAUGCGAUUGUAAUGUUUCUUGCUGGUUUUGAAACCGUUUCUUCCACCAUGAGCUUUUGUUUAUAUGAACUUGCAUUAAACAAACCUAUCCAAGACAAAGUUCGGAAAGAAAUGACUCAAUUAAUGGCUAAGCACAAUGGAGAAAUUAAUUCUGAAUUUUUGUCUGACUUGCAUUAUUUAGAGAAGGUUUUAGCUGAAACACUUAGAAUGUAUCCACCAUUACCUUUUCUCGAUAGAAAAGUGACGAAGGAUUAUCAAAUAGAUGAUGAGUUUAUAUUACGGAAAGGCAUGAAAACCAUGAUAUCCAUAUAUAGUUUGCAUAUGGACUCCAAAUUCUAUCCUGAUCCUAAGAAAUUUGAUCCCAAUAGAUUUACUGCUGAAGAAAAAGGUAGAAGACCAAAUGGAACGUAUUUGCCAUUUGGAGACGGCCCACGUCAUUGUAUUGGUAAGCGUUUUGCUGAAAUGGAAAUGAAAUUGGCAUUGACAGAAUUAUUAAUUAAUUAUGAAGUAGAACCAUGCGAAAAAACUGAUAUACCAUUAGUGCUUUUAGUAAAACCUGUAUUGUUUACUCCCAAAAAUGGAAUAUCGCUAAGAUUUAAGAAAAUAAUACAUUAAUAUUUUCUAUUCAAUAAAUAUUAUUUAUGUUGAAUCAUAAUGUUUCAAUAUGAAUCUGUAUUUUGAUAUUUAAAAUAACUACAAUUUUUUAAAUAACUAUUGAUUUCAAUUAAUUUUUUUAUUCAAUAAUAUGGAUAAAUUUUCAUUGUA